AUGAGGGGGAAGCGUUUGGCGGAAGCUUCUCCCAAAAAAGAAGAACAAAAAGCGAUUCCGCUGAAGGAUAAAUGGCUGCUCGUCCCUGCCUUUCUUCGAGUUUCUUCCUCUUCUCACAUUCGCACUCAAGGGGUUUUUUGUAGGUGAGAGGCCUGGUGAAACAGCAUUUGGUGAGCUUUGACUAUUUCGUCAACGAAGAAAUCAAAAACAUCCUGCUCUCCAACCAGCGGAUCACGAGUGACGCUAAUCCCAACUUUUACUUGAAGUUGAUUUUGAUCAUAAGACAGGAAUGAAAUUCGCGUUUUUAAGAUAUCUCGAUAUCCGAGUUGGCAAGCCAAGCAGCGAGGAAGGAAUCGUCGCGGUUAGUUCAUUAUCUUCAUUUUCAAACUAGAAGGCGAGAUUUGUAGACGAAUGACAAGAUCACGCCGCAAGAAUGUCGGCUACGCGAUAUGACUUAUUCGGCGCCGAUUUCUGUCGACAUCGAGUACACUCGCGGGAACCAACGCGUUUUCAAGAAGGUUUUUGAGUUUCUUCAUCUUAUCUAGACGUUCAAUUCCAGGAUUUGAUCAUCGGCAGAAUGCCCAUCAUGUUGCGUUCCAGUAAAUGUAUCCUUCGAGACCUGGUAUUCAGAUCUCUUUCAUUCAAAACACCUCUUAUCUCAGGCCGAGGAAGAGUUGGCUCGCGUCCAGGAAUGUCCCUAUGACCCAGGAGGUUAUUUCGUCGUCAAGGUGAGUUUUGAAGGAAAAAACCUUCUAAAUGGUGUAGUUUCCCACUUGGUGGUUUCUAUAGAUGGAAUACAGGAUGUUGUGUAUUUAGGGCAGUGAGAAAGUGAUUCUGAUCCAAGAGCAGCUGUCGAAGAACAGAAUCAUGGUGGGCCGCAACUCGCAGAAGGAACUCCAGUGUGAAGUUCUCUCCUCGACGACCGAAAGGAAGAGCAAAACCUACGUGAUGGCCAAGAAAGGCAAGUACAUGUUGCGGCACAACCAGCUCACCGACGACGUCCCUAUUUCCAUCAUUUUCAAGGUUUCCUUUCUUUUUGGUGAGAUUGAACGAUUUCAGUCGAACCUUUUAGAAUUCUAAUCAUGUUUUUGGAAAGUUAUCUGGAAAUUUUCGGGUCUUAUUUAAUGCUGGAAAUUUAUGAAAAAAAUCAAAAAUUAGUUGAUAUUAUUCAGUUGUAGGAUACUCAGUUCAAGAAAUGAUUAGAUUCAAAUCUGGAGCUAGUAGUUUUUUAUGCGUGAAGCUUUCAGGCGAUGGGAAUCGAAUCUGACUUUGAUAUAAUCAGUACGAUUGGUCACGAGGAGAAGUAUGACUCGAGUUUUUGAAUUUUGAUUUUUUUUUUUGUUUUUAGAUACGUUUCAGCGUUCGCACAGACCUUCGAGGAAUGUUUGCAAGCGGGAAUCCACACGAGACAACAAGCUCUUUCUUACCUCACGAACAAGGUGAGGAGUGUUCAACGAGAGAUGCCGGACGUUUCUGUAGGUGAAAGUGCGGAAGUUCACGCCGUUCGGCAUGCCUCCCAGUGCAAUGAUUGCGCAGUCCCUGCCGAAGGAACACGAAGCCGUCGAUUUUUUGUCCAAGUUGGCGAGGAGGUUAUUCCCCCCACGAAUUAAUUUCCUUUCAGUUCCAUGAUCACACAUAUCCCUUGCACAGACGGCAAUUUCAAGAUGAAGGCCAUUUAUUUGGGAUUAAUGACCAAAAGGUAUCGCUCUGACGUAUCAACAAAAACUUCCUUCCUUUUGUUUCUUUUCCAGGCUGAUCCAAACAGAGUUGGGAGAAUGCGAACUUGACGAUAGGGACUUCUACGGAAACAAAAGACUUGAAUUGGCUGGAUCCCUCCUUUCUCUGCUCUUUGAAGAUGUUUUCAAACGGUCUCUUGUUGUUCUUCUCACUUUAUCGCCGAUUGAACAUUAUUUUUAUUCACGGAAUAAAAUACAUGUCCGAUUGUUAGGAUGAGAGGUACGAGUUGCAGGUUCAAUUCGGAGUUGAAACGGAUCGCCGACAACGCCUUGAUGAAGACGAUGGCAGCCCCCUUGGACAUCGUGAAACAUAUGAGACAGGUAGAUGGUAUCCCCAGGUAAUCGACCAACUUCCGAACAGGAAAUGAUAACCAACGCCAUUGUGAAUGCUCUGUCGACCGGCAACUGGAUAAUCAAGCGUUUCAGAAUGGAGAGAAUCGGCGUCACACAGGUUCCCUGCAAACUCACUGAAAUAUUCCUGUUUUGAGGUCCUCACAAGGCUCUCCUACAUUUCUGCUCUUGGAAUGAUGACGCGUAUCAACUCGACUUUUGAGAAAACUCGCAAGGUUUUUGUUUAUGAAGUGUAUGACGAAAAAAUCAUGUUUUUGUUCUUUUAAUACUCCAAUCAAUACAUAAAGCCCAUUUGUGCGUUUACUCUAGGAUUUUCUUGUACUUGUUGCAAAUGAAUUCAAGGGGCUUAGGUCGUCCGUUCUUGGAAAGUUUUUAGGUUGAAAUUUCAAAUGUUUUCAUUGAGUGUUUGAGCAGAUCCCCAAACAAUUACAGAGCGAAGUGAAAUUACUUCUUUCUUUGUUUUGCUGAGAGGAAAAAUUGUUUUUAGUUUUGGUGAAUUUAGAUAGCAAGCAGACAACCUGGCAAAAGGGGUAGGAAGAAGUUUUCAUUAAUUUUUUGACGAAGUUACAUCUUUGCCAAGUUUUUUGAACUCAAGUAAGUUCAAAAUAAUCAAAGAGGACAAAAACCGAAAGCAGAAAAGGCAAAAGUACUAACUAGGGAAUUACUCGGACUCGGGUACGGGUUUCGAGUUGAAACUUUAGUGGUUUGUAGACCUAAGUGAGAAUACUUGAAAACCAGAGAGAAUAUCUGCUAAACCCGAUAGAGAACUGAGAAAAAAAUAGUAGAAAAUGUGAAAAUUAGACCUGAAAUUUUUCAAAAUACUGCGUUUUACCUCAUUUUAUAUUUUAAUACAAUCGCCUUGAAUGAUCCGGCUAUGAUAAGCUCUGAGAAACUUUUUUCCAGCGAAAAGAAAGAGGAAAGCAAAAAUUUUAUAAUUUUCAAGCCUAAACUGUUCAUUUUCAGAAAGCUUUUUCUCAGAAGCCUAUCGGGUUUAGCAGAUAUUCACUCUUGUUUCCAAGUGCUCUCACCCGGGUCUAUAAGCCAAAAAAGUUUCAACUCGAAACGCGUACCCGAGUCCGAGUAGUUCCCUAGUAAGAUUAGAUCUGUGUAGUUUUUUUCUCAAAAUUUGGAAGGAAAACGGAAAUAUAUAUUUUUCUAACAAGGUGGUUGAAAUUGAAGGUGUCGGGUCCGCGGUCGCUGCAGCCCUCGCAGUGGGGGAUGCUGUGUCCGAGCGACACUCCCGAAGGCGAAGCUUGUGGACUCGUGAAGAACCUCGCGUUGAUCAGCCACAUCACGACGGACAGCGACGAGAAGGUCUUUCCUCCCCCCUGACACGACCGCAUUCCCGUCUUUCAGCCUGUCCUUCGGCUUCUCUUCAACUCCGGCGUCGAAGAUUUGCAGAAUACCCACUACUCACAUAUCAAUCAGAUGUCAGUUUUUAUUUCGUUCUCACUAACCUCGCUGAUAAGUGAUGUCACAUUUCAAUCGCAGUUCGGAAAGCGUUUUUCAAAGAAACUGAUUUCAUAGGUUCAAAAAAAAAACAUAAGUCUUGAUGAUUUAUCAAACCUUCAUUUUUGGAUGCCAAGAUUGAAAAAAUAAAUGAAGGAACCUUGUCUCUGUUUUUUUUUAAAUCAUGACUUCAGCUUUGUUUUCUCUUCAAACGCCAAAGUUGUGAUUUCAGACAAAACCAUUUGAUAUUCCUGAACGGUUUGCUUGUCGGCACGACAGUUGACCCGGGUCGGGUGGUGAAAGCGGUCAGAGACGUACGGAGGUUCGAUUAACGUCACUGGGAUUGGAAUCAAAAGGAAUCAAUUCCAGAAGUGGUCUUUUAUCUGAAUUUGUCUCGGUUUCGCGGUCUUUGGUUCAAAGGUCCGUCUUCAUUUCGAGCGAUGGCGGCCGUUUGUGCAGACCCUACAUCGUGGUCCACAAAGGCGUGCCUAUGCUCCAGCAACUUCAUAUCGAGGUAAUCCAUCAUCUCAGGAAAUCAUAUGUCGAAUAGAAAGGAUAGUUGUCGGUCAAGCUUCCUGUAGAUCGUGUCAUAAAGUAAACCCACAAAAUAUCUUUCAGAAAAAUCCAGAGCCCGUUUCUUUGGAACGGCUGUUAAUCCAAAGAUCCCACGGAGAGAAGCGUUGAAAUGAAAAAAUGUUUAGAGGAAACAACAAAUAAUUUUUUUGUAGCCGAUUCUAUAUUACAAUGAACUGAUUCGGUGUUUCCAUCAAAUUCCCGUUUAUAGGAGCUAAAAGAAGGAAAGCGAAUUUUCGAGGAUUUCGUGGACGACGGAAUUGUUGAAUAUUUGGACGUGAAUGAGAUGAACGACGCUCUGAUUGCUGUGUACGAGAGAGAGAUCUCUCCGGAGACAACUCAUUUAGAGGUUCGCACAGUGCAGAAAAUCCCUAAAACAAAAAAAAACAAUAAAGGUUUUUUUUCUCUAACAAUUAAAAAAUUCUCAUUAUUCCUCCCCCUUUUCUGUGUAUUUAAAAUUUAUCCUUGAUUUAGUUCUGAAAUAUCUCGAUUUCAGUUUUUUUUUCAAUGAUUGAAGUUGUGAGACAUUUGAUUAAAUCAACAUUUUAUGAAAAAGAUUACCUGCAAAAACUUCCAAGACUUUAUUUUGGUUUAAAAAAAAUCAAUCAAAGCGAAAAACCGACAGCAUUAUUCACCUUUUAAGGUGAAUAAUGUUUAAAAAUAGAAAGGAGUUUUUGGUAAUUAAGAUCGAACCAUUCACUCUUUUGGGGGUCUGUGCCGGAUUGAUCCCUUAUCCGCAUCAUAACCAGUCUCCGAGAAACACCUACCAAUGCGCCAUGGGCAAACAAGGUGAGGGAUUGGAGAAUCGAGCAAAAAAAAAAAAUGCAAAAGCGGUUCAGCAAUGGGAACAAUCGCCUACAACCAACAGAAGCGGAUUGACUCUGUUAUGUAUCUUCUGUGUUACCCUCAAAGGCCUCUCGUCAAAUCCAAGGUUUCCGCAGCUCCUCUCAUUCCCUAGAUGGCCCUUUGUUGUCAGACCAUCGAGUUGAUCAAUUUCGAGAAGUUGCCCGCGGGGGCCAACGGAAUCAUUGCUGUCAUGUCCUACAGUGGCUACGAUAUUGAAGAUGCGCUCGUUCUCAACAAAGCCUCACUUGAUCGAGGUAUCAUCCUUCCUUUUCAUUUUGGCCUGCGUUAUCCUUAGUAUAUCGUUUUGGAAUUCUGAACGAUUCAUUGAGAACGUUUAGAAGGCCAUAACUCCGGUACGUCUAGAUAGAUAAAUGUUUUGAAUAGCUUGAAAAAAGAGAACUUCUGAAGCUAUAACGAACAACCGCCUCUGGUGAACUAGAAGUCCAAACGUGUGGUCGAAAUAGUGGAAAGCAUGGUUUACGGUCCUUCGCUUAGCUCUUCUGCGCGUAGUUCAUCCAGUUGCGAGCUCAGAAAGUAGCGGAUGUUGGGAAGAUUUACACGGUUUUCGUGAAACAAAACACGUUUCAUCACAGAAAAAAGUCGACACGUAAGCAUGCAUAAAUAAAAUUAGAGAUCACGGAGAACGCGGAGGCGGCGUGUCUGCUGUCUUCGCCAUAUCGUGCUCUAUAAUAGAAUGUACGCUUGUUUGUGCCGUUUUUUUCUGCGACGUUGAAUAAUUAUAAGCCUAAAAAAUGUCUACAGACUCUGAUACAGAUUUUCAAAAAAAAAAGUUUAAGGUUACGGUCGCUGUUUGGUUUACAAACACGUGAAGGCAGUGGCUCGCAAAUAUCCUAACCAAACUUUUGACCGUUUACUGGGUCCUGCGCUCGAUCCCACCUCCAGGAAGCCCAUCUACAAGCACAAGGUCCGAUUCGAGCUUCUAUGAUGUUUCGAACUUGGUUUGCAGCUUCUCGACUCGGACGGUUUGGUCUUCACGGGAGCUCGGAUCAAGCCCAAGCAGACGAUGAUCAACAAACACAUGCCUGUCGUCUCCGACAACACCGCCACUGCUUCCGCCAACACGAGUCAGUUUCUUUCAUUCAUUUUUAAUUUUUCCUUUUUAAGCUUCUACUCUUACCAGGGAAUGGUCUCAGCUCACAGUGGGACUUCUGAAAGAGACCAUAUUUUCUAGAUGUAGUUUUUCACGCUGAUUCCAUCUAGAAAAUAUGGUCUCUUUCAGAAGUCCCACUGUGAGCUGAGACCAUUCCCUGGUUAGAAGAGUUCAAAAAGAAGUUUUUUCACUCCCACUUUUUAAUGUAAAUGCGAUUCUGAUAUGUAACAGCAAAAAAAAAAAGAACUUUUCAACGUUUUGAAAUAGCUAUUUUGAGUUGGAAUCGGCAACCGCCAGGUGGACUACAAAGACGUCUCCAUCACCUACAAAACGCCGACGCCUUCUUACGCCGAAAGAGUGCUUCUGACCUAUAACGAAGAAGAAGCUCAUCUCUUCAAGAUUCUAUUGCGUCAAACACGGUGAGUCCUCACAAACCGAGUUUGAAAACAUUUUUUGGCGUGUAAUAAAUUAUUGUGUAAUCAUCAAUUCUCAUUUUUCACGUGUUUCAUUUGUUCUUGUUUCAGAAGGCCUGAGCUGGGCGACAAGUUCUCAUCGCGGCAUGGCCAAAAGGGCGUUUGCGGACUGAUAGCCCAGCAGGUUAGCCAUUUCUAAUAGGAAUUGAUGAGCUUGCAUGCCAAGUCUCGAAGAACGCAAAAAUCUAGGAAAAAAACAGUUUUUUUCACAAAAGAACUUUGAAAACCACAAUGUUAUGAUCUUUGCUGAAAAGUGUCUCUCGGCUUAAUUCUCUUGUCCCUUCAAAAUUGGAUAUGACAGGAGGACAUGCCGUUUAACGACUUGGGCAUGGUGCCGGACAUGAUCAUGAAUCCCCACGGCUACCCUUCUCGGAUGACCGUCGGGAAAUUGAUGGAGUUGCUGAGCAGCAAGGCCGGCGUCCUCAAUGGAAACUACCACUAUGGAACGGCGUUCGGUGGCGACCAAGUCGGAAAUUCGCUGUUUUUCCUAAAUCAUCUUCUAUUUUUCCAGGUGGCUCAGGUUUGCGAUGAACUCGCUGCUCGAGGUUACAACUACAUGGGAAAGGCAUGUUUAUUUUUCCGAUUCGAACAAACUUCCUGUCUUUAUUCGCCAAUGAGAAGACUAACUUACUAGUGACAUAAAAAGAAGAGAAGACUCAUUUCUAAAAAAAUCCCAGGUUUCCCAAAAAUAUUCCAGCUGUUAUGAGAAUAAGUGAGACGAUCAACUUAUUUUCUGAGAAAAAAACCAUUUUUUUUCGUUGAUAAUAAGGAAGAAAUUGAAGGAUAUGCUGACGAGCGGCAUCACUGGACAGCCUCUGUCGGCCUACAUUUAUUUCGGUCCGAUCUACUACCAGAAGCUGAAGCACAUGGUUCUGGACAAAAUGCACGCCCGUGCUAGAGGACCAAGGUUGGUCUGAGAGAUUGAAAACAGUCGGAAAAAGUGAUGUUAAAAAAAAAUAACAGCCGCGUUUACGUUACGCAGAGGCUGAAGUAAUUGCGAUUGUUUAUAUAUUUUGAACGUAUGCUUUUAUUGUAGCUUUAAAAGUUUCAGAGCGUUUUUAAGCCAAAAAAGAAAUGUUUCCUUACUCUUUUUCCACCAUUAAAGCCCGCUUCGAACCGAAACAAAUGGAGUAUUUGAGAGCGGCGAUGACACGGCAACCGACGGAAGGCCGGUCGCGCGAAGGCGGAUUGCGUCUCGGAGAAAUGGAGCGCGACUGUCUGAUUGCCUAUGGAGCGAGUAUGCUGCUCAUCGAACGUCUCAUGGUGUCCAGUGACGAGUUCAAGGUGAGUUCUCAGCUUGUGGCAGUUGGAAUCAGAAAUGGAUUGCGGAAUUUCUUGAUCCUGCCGUCUUUAAGAAUUUCAACCGAUCAUUUUUUUUUUCUCGUCGAAAAAUAUUCAGUUUGGCAGUUAGAAGAAAACUAAAUACAAAAAAGUAGGUAUAACUUCGUCCUUACGAAGAGGAAAGAACUAGAAAGGAAAAAUCUGACUAGAACCAUCCAAUGAGGAAGACUUCGGGCUUUGAAGAAAAGCGGCUUUCUGAGAAAAGCCCCUCCUCCUCCUUAUCGAAAGCCUCCGCGGUUAUCCACCACUCGAAAAUUCGUUUUACGCGCACUUUUGUUUGCGCCGAUUUUUGCUACUAUUUGCUCUGUGACCUCCAACUAAAAAAACUUUCCUUCUACUUCAGAAUUCUCUGUGCGCGUCAUUGCUGAAUGCCACGCACAGCUGGUAAUUUUGCACGAAAAGGAUGAACACGCCAGAAUUAAUGAAAACCUUAGUCAGAGAGGAAAUUCUGCUUUUUUCUAGAAUCAAAAAAAAGCGGCCUUUUGCGUUUCACAGUUUUCGAUAAUUUUCCAUAGAUCAAUUUUUUGCAAUCAGUCAACUACAAGAUCUUUUUUCUAGCAAUCACCUGUAACUUAGUUUUUUUUUUGCUGCAAGUUUUUUAUCAUUGGACAAAGAUUCUAAACAUUUUCAGGUUCCUGAGCAUUUAGAAUCUCAAAGAAAGUAUAUCUUUUUCAAAAUAUACGUUUAUCAGUUGGUCAGCGACCAAAAAUGACCUAUCUUUAAUCAAAAUUGAGAAUUCUAGCACAUCUUCCAACCUUAAAUGAAUAUUUAAAAAAGUUCAUUGACGGUAAUUACCAUUUUCAGUGAACGAAUGAACGUUGUUUUACAAUAUUGGUCAGUCAACUUUCCCUGGAAGCUUUCAUCUGUAGUUUUGCCCACGUAUGAUUAUCAAUCAGUAGAGUGUCAAUGUGAGUCCUGAACACAAAAUUCUUUUCGUUUCCGUGUUCCACUCCCUCAACUGCGGCUCUGGAAGGCCGGCAUGUGCCGCUGGCAACGGAGUGCGAGCGAAGCUGCCGACUUUCUCGAGAGGUGGAGAUUUUCAAGCACGGUGAUCGCUACCUCGGCCUCUUUUGCGGCGAUCAGGCAGAAAACUGCCGAGAGCACAUGUCUGUGUCUCUGAGUAUGCAACAUCCAACGCUUGCUCCAGUCGUUUGUUGUUUGGCAAUUGGAAAUGCCACCAGGGCACACAUGUAUGGAAAGCGCGACAGUUUCCCCGGAGAGCUGGCCGACAAUAAUACGUUACUAUUUUCGAAACUUUGAAAUGGAAAGGGGUUCUGUGAUAUCGAAAGAUUUGAAAGAGUCAAUAAUCACUUGGGGGAUCGUAUUGAAGGAGAAUAUACCCUUUUAGUGCCAUGAGAUUGUCAUGAGUUGAAGUUUUCCACCUUUGGCGUACUAGAAAUGAUUGGAAAAAAAAGUCGCAACUUUCAUAUUAAGAUCCUUCGCUUUGUUCUUCUGCACAGAGUAUACAUGGAAAGUCCUAAACGUAAAAUUUAUCACUGAGACAAUUUUCAAAAUGGGUUGAGAUAUCUUUUUUUGAAUGAUCUUUUACCGUUUGCAGUGAAUAAACCUAUUAUUGUUAUAAUGAUCAUAAAGUUUAGUUCUUGCUUCUCUGCCAUCAUCAAAAAUAAAAUAUGUAUUAAUGCAGGCGCUAAAAAAAAAUUUCAAAAUCAAAAAAAAAAUUGCACUUUUUGUCCCAACUUUUUCAUUAUCGUUUCUCCAUUUUUUUUUUCGAAUCCGUUCCAAUUUUAACAGCAAUUUGAGAUUGAGAGAAAAUCAAAAAGAAAUUGGAGCAAGGAAGUUUCAGGUGGACGUUUGCACGGUUUGCGGCGUGAUGGGUUCCAAAGGCUGGUGUCAGCACUGUCGGUCGAGCAAGAGCAUGGCCAACAUCAAGAUUCCUUACGCCUGCAAGCUUCUCUUCCAGGUGCCCCUCUCCUUGUAGGAGCCAACUCAUUUCCGGUUCCUUUUGCAGGAGUUGCAGUCGAUGAACAUCGUGCCACGGCUAGACCUUGCCCGGUACACCGACUGA